CGGGGCGGCGGGGGGGCGGGAUAAUCAUGGGUCAAACCGGAAAAAAAUCUGAGAAGGGACCAAUUUGUUGGAGAAAACGUGUAAAAUCAGAAUAUAUGAGACUGAGGCAGCUCAAGAGGUUCCGACGUGCCGAUGAAGUAAAGAGUAUGUUUAAUUCUAAUCGUCAGAAGAUACUGGAAAGAACUGAAAUCUUAAAUCAAGAAUGGAAACAACGUAGGAUACAGCCUGUUCACAUCAUGACUUCUGUGAGCUCAUUGCGCGGGACCAGGGAGUGCUCUGUUACCAGUGACAUUGAUUUUCCAAAACAAGUCAUCCCACUGAAGACUCUCAAUGCUGUUGCUUCUGUGCCUAUAAUGUACUCUUGGUCUCCCCUUCAACAGAACUUUAUGGUAGAGGAUGAAACUGUUUUACAUAACAUUCCGUAUAUGGGAGAUGAAGUACUUGACCAGGAUGGUACUUUUAUUGAAGAACUGAUCAAGAAUUAUGAUGGGAAAGUGCAUGGAGACAGAGAAUGUGGAUUUAUCAAUGAUGAAAUAUUUGUUGAGUUGGUCAAUGCCCUUGGUCAAUAUAGUGAUGAUGAAGAUGAUGAUGAUGGAGAUGACAAUCCUGAUGAAAGAGAUGACAAGCAAAAAGAUCGGGAAGGUAACAGGAUGGAGAAAGAAACCCAUCCACCUCGGAGAUUUCCUUCUGACAAGAUAUUUGAAGCCAUUUCCUCAAUGUUUCCCGACAAGGGUACAGCAGAAGAAUUGAAAGAGAAAUACAAAGAACUCACUGAGCAGCAGCUUCCUGGAGCUCUUCCUCCUGAGUGCACACCGAACAUAGAUGGACCAAAUGCUAAAUCUGUUCAGAGGGAGCAAAGCCUGCACUCCUUUCACACGCUCUUCUGUAGGCGCUGUUUUAAAUAUGAUUGCUUCUUACAUCCAUUCCAUGCAACUCCCAAUACUUAUAAGCGAAAGAAUACAGAAACAGCAUUAGAUAAUAAGCCUUGUGGACCUCACUGUUAUCAACAUUUGGAGGGCGCGAAGGAGUUUGCGGCCGCCCUGACGGCGGAGCGCAUCAAGACACCGCCGAAGCGCCCGGGCGGCGGGCGGCGGCGGGGCCGGCUGCCCAACAACACCAGCAGGCCCAGCACACCCACCAUCAAUGUCCUGGAGUCCAAGGACACCGACAGCGACCGCGAGGCCGGCACUGAAACCGGCGGGGAGAACAAUGACAAGGAGGAGGAAGAAAAGAAAGAUGAAACAUCCAGUUCCUCUGAAGCAAAUUCUAGGUGUCAAACACCAAUCAAGAUGAAGCCAAAUAUUGAGCCUCCAGAGAACGUGGAAUGGAGUGGUGCAGAAGCUUCAAUGUUUAGAGUUCUUAUUGGCACCUACUAUGACAAUUUCUGUGCAAUUGCCAGACUGAUUGGGACCAAAACGUGCAGACAGGUGUAUGAGUUUAGAGUAAAGGAAUCUAGUAUUAUUGCACCAGUCCCUGCUGAAGAUGUUGAUACUCCUCCCAGAAAGAAGAAAAGGAAACACAGGUUGUGGGCUGCUCAUUGCAGAAAGAUACAGCUGAAAAAGGAUGGGUCAUCGAAUCACGUUUACAACUAUCAGCCAUGUGAUCACCCACGUCAGCCUUGUGAUAGCUCAUGCCCAUGUGUAAUUGCUCAAAACUUCUGUGAGAAGUUUUGUCAGUGCAGCUCAGAAUGCCAAAAUCGUUUUCCUGGGUGUCGUUGUAAAGCACAGUGCAACACCAAGCAGUGCCCCUGUUACCUGGCUGUCCGUGAGUGUGACCCUGACCUCUGCCUGACCUGUGGAGCAGCUGACCACUGGGACAGCAAAAAUGUUUCUUGCAAGAACUGCAGCAUUCAGAGAGGAUCCAAAAAACACUUACUAUUGGCACCUUCAGAUGUGGCAGGCUGGGGAAUUUUUAUCAAAGAUCCUGUACAGAAAAAUGAAUUCAUCUCUGAAUACUGUGGUGAGAUUAUCUCUCAGGAUGAGGCAGACAGAAGAGGAAAAGUGUACGACAAAUACAUGUGCAGCUUUCUGUUUAACUUGAAUAAUGAUUUUGUGGUUGAUGCAACACGCAAGGGCAACAAAAUUAGAUUUGCAAACCAUUCAGUAAAUCCCAACUGCUAUGCAAAAGUUAUGAUGGUUAAUGGUGAUCACAGAAUAGGAAUAUUUGCUAAAAGAGCCAUUCAGACUGGUGAAGAACUGUUCUUUGACUACAGAUAUAGCCAAGCUGAUGCCCUUAAGUAUGUGGGCAUUGAAAGAGAAAUGGAAAUCCCUUGACACCAGCUACCUCUUCUUUUAAACAAACAGCUGCCUUAUCUUCAGGAAUUUCUAGUACUGUGGGCAAUUUUAGAAAAAUACAAAUGAUGCAAUUUGAAAUUCUGUAUUUGCAAAGUACUGUAACAGUAAUUUAUAGUAACAAAUUUAAAAAAAACCCAACUUUUUAUUGCCUUCUCACCAGCUGCAAAGUGUUUUGUACCUAGGAACUUUUGCAAUAAUGUGGUGUGGUACAUUUUUCAACCUUGAAUAAAGGAUACUUGAACUUCUUCA